CUCCAUCUCGCACUCUUGACAGCCGAACAAAUUCAAUUGGACUGACUCCGCCUCGCUCGUGCGGGACUUGUCCAAAGGCUUUUCAUGCCACCGCGCGCGCCUGUCUGCGUGCCUGGUGCCUUUCAGACGGACUCUCUUCCCCAAGCUCUUCCCUCCCCGGUCACUCAGCCUCAUCACCAGCAGCGUGACGAGCAGGACCAGCGGCAGCCUCGGCGGCAGCAGCAUCAGCAGCCAGGACGCUUCCCGGGAGUGCGCGGCCAACAGAAAGCAACAUGUCCCCAGCGUGGAGACUGGGGGUCCGCGCCGGGGGCACGACGGCACCGCGGCGGAGCGCGCGCGCAGCGGGACAGGUCGGACAGGUGUGGGUCUCCUGUUGGAUUCUGCUGUUGUCCACUUCUAUCUCCAGCACUCAGGCUCAAGAUGAUGUCCCGCCUUAUUUUAAGAUGGAGCCUCCUCAGACCCAGGUUCACCUGGAGGGGAACCGCCUGGUCCUAACCUGCAUGGCGGAGGGGAGCUGGCCUCUGGAAUUCAAAUGGCUCUACAAUGGUACCGAGCUUACGCGUUUCUCCUUGGAAUACAGGUACCUGAUCCCCUCGCUGGACCAGUCGCACGCUGGCCACUACCGCUGCAUCGUGAGAAACAGAGUGGGUGCGAUAAUGCAGUGCAGCACUGAAGUGCAGGUUGCCUACAUGGGUGGUUUUGUGGAGAGCGAGAGGUCUCAGACCAUAUCCCAAGGCGACGGUGCUCUCGUCCAUGCACCGCGGAUACACAGCUUCCCCAGGCCCCAGAUCACCUGGUUCAGAGAUGGUCGCAAGAUUCCCUCAAGCAGCCGUAUUGCCAUCACUCUGGCCAACACGCUGGUCAUCCUGUCCACGGUUGCCCCGGAUGCCGGACGUUACUACUCCCAAGCGGUCAAUGACAAGAAUGGAGAGAACAAAACCAGUCAGUCCAUCAUCCUCACCGUGGAAAAUGUGGGAGGACCUGCGGACCCCAUCGCCCCCUCCAUCAUCAUCCCCCCAAAGAACACCAGCGUGACAGUGGGGAGAAACGAAGCUAUCAUGGAGUGUGUUGCCAAUGCGAGACCCCUCGUCAAAAUGAGUAUCACUUGGAGGAAAGAUGGGGUUGUGGUCAACACUGGAAUCAGAGAUUUCGGCCGUAGAUUGGUCAUCAGCCUACCUGCAGUCAGUGAUAGCGGUUACUACGAGUGUGAGGCGUCUCUCCGCAGCAGCAGUGUCCCCUCGGUCACCGCUGGCGCUUACCUGCAUGUCCUUGAAUAUCCUCUGUUCAUAAAAGAGCCCCCGACUCACAUCACUGCAGAAAUGGAGAAGGUGGUGGACAUCCCUUGUCAGGCACGAGGAACACCACAGCCAGACAUCGUUUGGUAUAAAGAUGCAGUGCCCAUCAGCCCGGUGAAGAUCCCCAGGUACAAGGUGUUAGUAGGAGGCAGCCUGCAGAUCAAUGGCCUCCUGCCAGACGACACGGGGAUGUUUCAGUGCUUUGCCCGCAAUCUCGCAGGAGAGAUCCAGACAAACACCUAUCUAGCUGUUACAAGUAUUGCCCCCAACAUCACCGCUGGCCCCUCUGACAGCGCAGUGAUUGACGGCAUGUCAGUCAUUCUACAUUGCGAGACCUCAGGAGCCCCAAGGCCAGCCAUCACCUGGCAGAAAGGUGAGCGUGUCUUGGCCAGCGGCUCAGUCCAGCUGCCCAGGUUCACCCUGCUGGAGUCCGGCAGCUUGCUCAUCAGCCCCUCCCAUCUCUCAGACGCCGGUACCUACACCUGCAUGGCCAGUAACUCCAGGGGCAUUGACGAGGCCUCGUCUGACCUCGUGGUGUGGGCACGCACCCGCAUCACUAAACCGCCACAAGACCAGAGUGUCAUCAAAGGGACGAAGGCCGUGAUGACCUGCGGUGUGACCCAUGAUCCAAGUGUCACUAUAAGGUAUGUUUGGGAGAAGAGCGCCUCUGUGAUUGACGUGAACACGUCUCCCCGCCUGCGUCUAGAUCCCGACGGGACGCUGCACAUCUCCCAGACGUGGUCGGGUGACAUUGGAACAUACACCUGCAGGGUGACUUCAGUGGGUGGGAAUGACUCCCGCAAUGCCCACCUCCGAGUCAGACAACUGCCUCAUGCUCCAGAGAACCCCAUAGCAGCUCUGAGUACCACAGAAAAGAGGACCAUCAACCUCACGUGGGCGGAGGCCUUUGAUGGCAACAGCCCCCUGAUCCGUUACAUCCUAGAGGUCUCAGAAAACAAUGCUCCUUGGACAGUCCUGCUGGCCAACAUUGAGCCCGAGUCCACGGGGGUUAGCGUCGGUGGCCUCAUCCCAGCACGUUCGUACCAGUUCCGUCUGUGCGCCGCCAACGAUGUAGGCAGAGGCCAGUUCAGCAAGGAGACCGAACGCCUGACUCUCCCUGAAGAGCCUCCCAGUGCACCCCCCCAGACAGUCAUCGCAAGUGGCCGGACCAAUCAGUCCAUCAUGAUCCAGUGGCAGCCACCUCAGGAGAGCCACCAGAACGGUCCUCUGCAGGGCUACAUCAUCAGGUACUGUCUGUCAGGGCUUCCAGUCGAUUGUCAGAUGAAAAACAUCACCAACCAAGACCAGACCAACCUGCUCCUGGAAGAACUCAUCAUCUGGACCAACUAUGAGAUCGAGGUGGCAGCUUACAACGGAGCAGGCAGAGGCACCUACAGCCACAAAGUCACUGAAUGGACUCUGCAAGGAGUGCCCACUGUGCCACCAGGAAAUGUGCAAGCGGAGGCUGUCAACUCGACCACUGUGCGUUUUACCUGGAGUGCCCCGAGCCCUCAGUUUAUCAAUGGAAUCAACCAGGGAUACAAGCUCUUAGCGUGGGAACCCAGUCAUCCACACGAGGUCAGCAUGGUCACAGUGCGCCCCAACUUUCAGGACAGCGUCCACGUCGGUUACAUCACUGGCCUUAAAAAGUUCACCGAAUAUCACAUCUCGGUGUUAUGCUUCACUACUCCUGGAGAUGGGCCCCGCAGUCCGCCUCAGAGGCUGCGCACCCAUGAAGAUACUCCCGGUGCUGUGGGACACCUCAGUUUCACAGAUAUCCUAGACACAUCACUAAAGGUCAGCUGGAAGGAGCCGCAGGAGAAAAACGGCAUGCUCACAGGUUUUCGCAUCUCCUGGGAGGAGUUCAACAGGACCAAUACCAGAGUGACUCAUUAUUUGCCCAACGUGACGCAGGACUACAAGGUCACGGGGCUCACCGCCCUCACUACUUACACUAUUCAAGUGGCAGCCAUGACUUCCAAGGGUCAGGGGCAGCUUUCUGCUUCCACCAUAUCCUCAGGUGUACCACCAGAGCUGCCCGGUCCCCCCACCAAUUUAGCAAUCUCCAACAUCGGCCCUCGCUCCGUCACCCUGCAGUUUAAGCCGGGCUACGAUGGCAAGACCUCCAUCUCCCGUUGGCUGGUUGAUGCUCAGAUCGGGAUAAUUGGAGAGAAUGAAGAGUGGCUGAUAGUUCAGCAGCUGGCUAAUGAACCUGAUGCACGAUCGCUGGAGGUCCUGGACCUGAACCCUCAUACUUUCUACAGGUUCAGAAUGCGUCAGGUGAACAUCGUGGGCACCAGUCCUCCCAGUCAACCCUCCAGGAAGAUGCAGACCCUGCAGGCCCCUCCGGACAUUUCCCCCGCAAAUGUGACCCUGCGCACGGCGAGCGAGACCAGCCUGUGGCUCCGUUGGGUGCCUCUUCCAGAAUGGGAGUACAAUGGUAAUCCAGAUCUUGUUGGCUACCGCAUCCAAUACUCCAAGGCGGGGUCUAAAGGCGGUGUUCUGUCUCAUAUCAUCCUGGAUCGGCUGGAGAGGGAGUUCACUAUUGAGGACUUAGAGGAGUGGACGGAGUAUGAGGUCAGAGUUCAGGCCGUCAACGGUAUCGGUUCUGGACCGUGGAGCCAAGCAGUCCAUGGCAGGACCCGAGAGUCUGUUCCGUCCAGCGGUCCUACUAAUGUGUCGGCAUUCGCCACGACCUCCAGCAGCAUCCUGGUACGGUGGGGGGAGGUCACAGACCCCGACCGCAAUGGACUCAUCCUGGGCUACAAGGUUGUGUAUAAGGAGAAGGACUCGGACACAGCUCCCGACUUCUGGGUGGUGGACGGGAACACCACUCACACUAUCCAGCUGAGUGGCCUGGGCAAGUACGUCCUCUACCACAUCCAGGUCCUGGCCUUCACACGUAUCGGAGAUGGAAGGAGCAGCGCGCCACCCAUCCUAGAGAGGACCUUGGAUGAUGUGCCGGGCCCACCGGUCGGCAUCCUGUUCCCAGAAGUCAGAACCACCUCCGUCAGGCUCAUCUGGCAGCCCCCUGCACAGCCCAACGGCAUUAUCCUGGCUUAUCAAAUCACAUACAGAAGAAACUCCUCCAACAGCAACGCCGCCACCGUGGAUGUGCUCAGCCCCAGCGCGCGACAGUACACGGCGACUGGACUGAAACCAGAACUGGUUUAUGUGUUCCGCCUUACCGCUCAGACGCGGAAAGGCUGGGGGGAGGCUGCUGAGGCUUUGGUGGUCACAACAGAAAAGAGAGCUCGGCCACAACCCACAAGCCGUCCCUUAGUUCCUCAAGAAGAAGUCCAAGCUCGCAGAGUGCUGUUGUCAUGGGAACCUGGCAGCGACGGCCUGUCCCCGGUUCGUUACUACACGGUUCAAUACAGGGAGCUGCCAGACAGCAACUGGACUGUCCACUCUGCAUCAGUCAGCCACGAAACCCACUCCUACAUAGUGGACAGGUUAAAGCCGUUCACGUCUUAUCAGUUUCGUAUUAAAGCCACCAAUGACAUCGGGGAUAGUGAGUACAGUGAUGAAAGCGAGGCCAUCACUACGCUACAGGACGCACCAGACAAAGCCCCGACAAUACUGUCUGUGACGCCUCACACCACCACGUCGGUGAUGGUCCGCUGGCAGCUUCCCUCUGAGGAACACAUAAACGGAGUCCUGUUGGGGUUCAGGGUCAGAUACCGGGAGCUGCACUACGACCGCCUGCGCAGCUUCAGCGUCCGUACCGUGAACAGUCCUGCCAACUGGGCCGAUCUCUCUGCCCCGUACAACGUCCGAAACUUGAGUGAAUCCUCGCUAACCCAGUAUGAACUAGACAAUUUGAGUAAACACAAGCGCUACGAGAUCCGUCUCAGCGUGUACAAUGCUGUGGGAGAGGGACCUAGCAGUGCACCCCAAGAGGUGUUUGUCGGAGAGGCAGUCCCGACAGAACCUCCUCAGAGUGUGUCGGUCCAGUCUUCAACAGCCACUCAGCUGGAUGUUGCAUGGAACCCACCGCCUCUGGAUGCUCAGAACGGAGACAUACAGGGUUACAAGAUAUAUUUCUGGGAGUUUCAGCUCCAGAAUGAGACGGAGCGCCUGCGCACGCUGUUCCUGCCAGAGCUCGGGGUGAAGAUUAAAAACCUGACAGGCUACACCACCUACAUGAUCAGUGUGGCAGCCUUCAACGCUGCAGGGGACGGGCCUCGCUCCCUGCCCACCAGGGGGCGCACUCAACAAGCAGCACCGAGCCCCCCCGGCCACAUCCACUUCAGUGAGCUGACCACCACUUCAGUCAACGUGUCCUGGGGAGAGCCUAAACAGGCCAACGGUAUCAUCGAGGGCUACCGCCUGGUUUACGAGCCCUGCACUCCAGUUGAUGACUCCUCUCCUCGCACUCCAGGUGUCAGUAAGAUAGUGACUGUGGAUGUGAAGGGCAGCGCUCCCCUGUGGAUGAAGAUCAAAGACCUCGCUGAUGGUGUCACGUAUAACUUUCGCAUCAGGGCUAAAACGCUGUCGUACGGGCCCGAGGUGGAGGCCAACAUCACCACUGGGCCUGGAGAAGGAGCGCCCGGCCCUCCUGGAGAACCGUUUAUUUCUCGCUACGGCACUGCUCUUACACUGCAUUGGACCAGUGGCGAUCAGGGCCGUGCUCCCAUCACCAGAUACGUCAUCGAGGCCAGACCUUCUGAUGAAGGACUGUGGGAUAUUCUUGUCAAAGACAUUCCCAAAGAAGUGACAUCCUACACACUUAAUCUGGAAAUGCUACGAGAAGGAGUCACCUAUGACUUUCGAGUAAUUGCCGUCAAUGAUUAUGGCUACGGUUCUCCCAGCGCCCCCUCACCAUCCAUAUCAGCUCAGAAAGUGUCUCCCUUCUAUGAAGAGUGGUGGUUCUUGGUCGUUAUCGCUCUGGUUGGCCUCAUCUUCAUCCUCCUGCUCGUCUUCAUUCUCAUCAUCCGAGGCCAGAGUAAAAAAUACACCAAAAAAGCAGACUCAGGCAACAGCUCCAACUGCACUGCGCUGCCUCUGACACAUGGAGAGAUGGUUCGCCUGGAUGAGGGACGCUUCCCAACCCUCGAGCUCAACAACAGAAGGCUCUCUGUGAAAAACUCCUUCUGUCGCAAAAAUGGCAUCUACACUCGGUCUCCGCCGAGACCCAGUCCAGGAAGUCUGCACUACUCGGAUGAGGAUGUCAGCGCUAAAUAUAAUGACCUGAUCCCAGCAGAGAGCAGCAGUCUGACUGAAAAACCUUCUGAGAUAUCUGAUUCUCAGGAUUCUCUUGAAUACACUUAUCAUACUUGUGCUCCACAUAGCUAUGGGGCAGCGACAGCGAGUAUGAGAUGGACCAGAGCCGGCAGAAGACCCACUCCUUUGUCAACCACUACAUCAGCGAUCCCACCUACUACAACUCCUGGCGGCGGCAGCAGAAGGGCGUUUCUCGUCCGCCUGCGUACGGCUACGCCCAGCCCGAGCCCCUGGUGGAGCAGGAGUCCCGACAGCACCCGCCGCCGGUGCCCCCUCUGCCCCCUCUCGUCCCCCAGAGCGCCCCAUCCCCGCAGCCUCAGUGCCAGGCCCAGGGCACUCUGUUCAGGCCUAAAGGAAGCCGGACUCCCACCCCCUCCCUGCUUUCUUCGGAGCCCCCCGGCCAGCACGGCACCCUGUACCGGCCCCCCAGCAGCCUGGGCUGCGCCGCUCAGGCCCCUACCGCAGGCUUCUCCUCUUUUGUUUGACACACAGCUCUCCUUCCAAUAACAACAGGACCCUGAGGACGAGUCUUCGAUUUAGUUGUUGUUGGUUUAUUUUUAUUUUGCCCUCCUUUUUUUUUCUUAAAUAUUUUGUUCUGUCUUACUGACAGAGUUGUUGCUCAAUAUUAAGCAUUGCAGGCAUCUUAAAUAGUGCUUUCUCCUGUGUGAAGAGUGUGUAUGUAUGACUGUGUUUAGCGCGUAUGGUUGAUUCAUAUCUGUAAUCUGUAUUCUAUGGAAAGACAAUCAUUUGCAGGUUUGUAUGCUUUGUUGCUUUGGUUAAUUAAUUUGAAAGAGCAACCGUGUAAAACAAGGGAGAGCAGAACUGAAUGUUCUGAGAGAAGAAAUCCUUGUUUUUAAAAAUGCUGUACUGUUGUUGAUCAUGAGAGCUUUAUGAAAAACAACCACCGUAGAUCCAUAUAGAGUAUGGACAGCUUGGCUUGCUGAAACUGGAGAAUGGAAAACCAAUUCUGAGGGGAGUAAGUGAUGUUUGACAAAGGACAAACUGAUAGUGAGGAAUGGACUCUGACUCGGAGAGAGGCACUAGCCGGUCACCAUGGCCCUUCGCUGUGUUUUUACUCUCCUCACUCUGCCUAGUCAUUGUUGGAGCUGCAGUAUGUGUUUACUAUAUGUACUUGUCUCAUAUUGUUUACCAGAUAUUUAUAUCAGUCAGCUUCAAGCUCAACAUUUUCUGAACAUCACCAGUGACAAUGUUAUGAAUCACAUUAAAGCAUU